ACCCCUCCACCACUGCAUCCGCCCCGCGACAAGCACGCAGACGCUGCCGCUCCCGCACACCCAUUCGGAUACCCCAAUUUCUACUCGCACGCCAUCCACCAUGAGAGAGGUGAUCAGCUUGAACGUCGGCCAGGCCGGUUGCCAGAUCGCGAAUUCGUGCUGGGAGCUCUACUGCCUCGAGCAUGGCAUCCAGCCCGACGGCUAUCUGACCGAGGAGCGCAAAGCCGCCGACAACGACCAGGGCUUCAGCACUUUCUUCUCCGAAACGGGCCAGGGCAAGUACGUCCCCCGCACCAUCUACGCCGACCUCGAGCCCAAUGUCGUCGACGAGGUCCGCACCGGCCCCUACCGCUCCCUCUUCCACCCCGAGCACAUGAUCACUGGCAAGGAGGAUGCCUCGAACAACUAUGCCCGUGGCCAUUACACCGUCGGCAAGGAGCUCAUCGACCAGGUGCUGGACAAGGUUCGCCGCGUGGCCGACAACUGCUCUGGACUGCAGGGUUUCCUCGUUUUCCACUCCUUUGGCGGUGGAACUGGUUCCGGGUUUGGAGCCCUGCUGAUGGAGCGCCUGUCGGUUGACUACGGCAAGAAGUGCAAGCUGGAGUUCUGCGUGUACCCUGCCCCGCAGGUUGCCACCUCGGUUGUCGAGCCAUACAACUCGAUUCUCACCACGCACACCACCCUGGAGCACUCGGACUGCAGCUUCAUGGUCGACAACGAGGCUAUCUACGAUAUUUGCCGACGGAACUUGGGCAUAGAGCGUCCCAACUAUGAGAAUCUGAACCGCCUCAUCGCUCAAGUCGUCUCCUCCAUUACUGCCUCGCUCCGCUUCGAUGGCUCCCUGAACGUCGAUCUGAACGAGUUCCAGACCAACUUGGUGCCGUACCCACGAAUCCACUUCCCUUUGGUUGCAUAUGCUCCCGUGAUCUCCGCCGCCAAGGCCGCUCACGAGGCCAACUCCGUCAUGGAGAUCACCAACGCCUGCUUCGAGCCCAACAACCAGAUGGUCAAGUGCGAUCCGCGCAACGGCAAGUACAUGGCUACCUGCCUGCUGUAUCGUGGCGAUGUCGUCCCCAAGGACACCCACGUUGCCAUUGCCCACCUCAAGACCAAGCGCACCAUCCAGUUCGUCGACUGGUGCCCGACUGGCUUCAAGAUCGGUAUCUGCUACCAGCCUCCGCAGACCGUCCCCAACGGCGACUUGGCCAAGGUCAACCGCGCCGUCUGCAUGCUGUCCAACACAACUGCUAUCGCCGAGGCCUGGUCUGCUCUCUCGCACAAAUUCGACCUCAUGUACUCGAAGCGUGCCUUUGUCCAUUGGUACGUGGGCGAGGGUAUGGAGGAGGGUGAAUUCUCUGAGGCCCGUGAGGACUUGGCUGCCCUGGAGCGCGACUACGAGGAGGUUGCUGCCGACUCCCUUGAAGGUGACGAGGGCGUUGAGGCUGAGUACUAAGCGGUGUGUAAGGUAGGGUGCUUCGGCGUGACGAAAAUGCAGUUCUGUAUUGUUGAAUGGGCGUGUUCUCAUUUGGCACUGCUUUGAUGAGGACACGGUCUUUUGGCAAUAUUCAGCGAUGGAGUUUGUAGGACUGCAAAGCGUACAAGGAGAGUCUCCUGGCAGAGACGUUUUGGG